CGUAGGCUCAGCGGCACGUGCCGCACGGACCAGCCGCCACGGAACACGUGCGUGCCUCCGCGGCCGCUAGUGCGCGCUCACCCUAACCCGUCAAGUCAUGGACGCCCUCUCCGAUGACGAUGAAUAUAACAUGUGCCGAGAUCGGCAGAUCAGUACGUUAGUUGCGGCCAGGAGCGGAGCGGACGCGUCGGCGGGUGGAGCGGCGGUACAACGAGUGGGCGCCGCUGUCGCGUGUGCGGUUGAGCGUUUCGUGGCCGUCGGAGAAACCAUCGCGGACGACAAUCCCGACGUACGACACAGCAUGGUGCUCGCGUGUAAAGAAGCAAGGGCUGCAGGUCGUUCAAUAGAGAGGGUGUGCGCGGGGACUGAUGGAGCCGGCAUGGUGACGGCAGCUCGAGGUCUACUAGGCGCCGUGACUCGCGUGCUGCUUCUGGCAGACAUGGUUGUGGUACGACAGUUGCUGCUGGCGAAGGAUAAGGUUGCACGUUCGCUAGAUCGCCUGGAGUCGGUCUCGAACUUUGCUGAGUUUGUUCGCGCUUUCACCGAGUUUGGUGGCAGUAUGGUGGAGUUAGCGAGGCUGACUGCGGAGCGGAGAGCGGACCUCAGAGACGAGAGAAGAAGAGCUCAAGUAGCGGCGGCGAGAAAUGUUCUUGAAAGAUCUACUCUCAUGCUUCUUACCUCGUCCAAGACAUGCAUGAGGCACCCUGGGAGCGCGUCAGCCCGUGAGAAUCGGGACACGGUCUUCUGUCAGAUGAGACGAGCUAUGGAUCUAAUACACUAUGUGGUGCGAGAUGGAUUGCCGGGCCACGACGACCAGACACACGAGGCAGCUCAAUGGGAAACAGGAACGGCGCUUGGUGCUUUGCGGGGAUUAGCGACUCAGGUACGGACGGCGAGAUCCCGGGGAGGUGCUGACGCGGCGAGAAGAAGAGCCCUAGCUGCGACGCUGAGAGCUCUAGUCGAACGCACACAUGACUUCACCGACUCUGCCUAUACCUCACACGAACAUCGACAAAGAAUACUAGCUUUAGCGGAAAGGAUAGCCUACGAACUCGAACGAUUGGUGUCCGUCGCUGUUUCCUUAGAGGAACAAGGGAGUAGUGGUACAUUAGCUGCAUUAGAAAGUUCAUGUGCGGGAGCUAUAAGUGCCGCGUCGGAACUAGAACGAGCUCUUGUGGUAGCUGCGAGAGAUCAAGCCAAGGACUUGGCACCGUUAGCAGAACAAGCAAGAAAAUUGGCCUCUGACCUUUCACACUUAGGUAACCUACGUCGAAAAAUAGCUAGUUCCUGUGGUGAGAGAGAAUCAGAGAGACUGCAUAAUAUAGCCAGCCAGCUUCACGAGCAAUUAGAUCAUAUAAUAGAGGUAUGCAAAUUACUUAGGCAUAUAGCAAUGUCGGAAACAUUACAAGUUAGUGCUAAGUUUUCUGAAAUCAAUUUGAGGAUAUACGGUCCUCAAGUUGUGACGGCUGCGAGAACACUAGCAGCUCACCCCGGGAGUGCUGCGGCCCGAGAGAAUCUUGACGUGUUUGUGGACAUGUGGGCGUGGCUCCUUUCCGACGCUGCUCGACUUGCUAAGGAACUGUUAAAUAUAACAGAUGACAAACCAGACAAGCAGCAGUAUAGUAGUUUACCGAGACCUGGUAAACAUGGCACAACUAGUAAACCUCUUAAAGCGGUUCGCUUAGAUUCUGACGAACAAGCAAAAAUAGCGAAAUCUGGAUUAGAAAUGAAAAUGAUGUCAUCUGAAAUGGACGCCGAAACAGAUAAGUGGCAAGGAGCUGACGAGAACAACGACAUUGUAAAGAGAGCAAAAAAUAUGUCUUCCAUGGCAUUCGCUAUGUAUCAAUUUACAAAAGGCGAGGGCCGACUGAACACAACACAAGACCUCUUCACGCAAGCAGAAUAUUUUGCGGAGGAAGCAAAUAGACUAUACAAAAUUGUUAGACAAUUCUCAUAUCAGGUGCCUGCAGGGACCGCAAAAAAAGAAUUGUUAGAACACUUGGAUAAAGUACCAACUUAUGUACAACAGUUGCAAUUUACCGUAAAAGAGCCUACAGUAGGACGUGCAGCGACAUUUAGUAAAGUAGACAAUGUUAUUCAGGAAACCAAGCAUCUUAUGAACGUCAUAAGCAAAGUGGUGACCACUUGUUUUGACUGCGCCAAUAAGUACAAAUUGGACUUCACUGGACUGUCAGCGGGAGGAGCGGGAGCAAGUAGGGGGACAAGAGACGAGGAGUCCGGUGGUGGAGGUGGCACAGACGCCAAGCCGGGGGGGAGCACAUCCGACACGGCCAUGUGACAGUACGGCAUGGGCCGGCGCGGCAGAGGCGACGCGCGCCGGACCAGGGUCAGCUUCCUCUUGUUUUAAGCACUUAAACGUCUUAAAACAAUCGUCGCCAGUGUUCGGUUGAGCAAACGCUUGGUUAAGAACUAAACAACUCUGAAUUUUUUAGUCUAUGACAGAAAAAUUGCCUAAAUUAUAGAUAUGCUUAUAAACUGAUUCAGUUUUAAACUAUGCAUCAUCUUCUAAUUGAUCUUCAGUCUUUUCUCUUGUUUAAUCCAAUUAAAUAUUUCUAAUAGAUCAUAAUAGUGUGAGGUGAUGUCUAUUUUCUAAAUUUUUGCAAAAUUUUUUGAACGGCAGCAAAAUGCUAUUCAUAAAAUAAGACGAUUUAUAAAAUAUAUCUAAAUUCAGAGUUGUACGAGUUAAAUCAAUGCUUUGCUGUAAUUAUUAUAUUCACGAAGUGGUACUUGUAUUAAGUAACUGCCAACUCCCAAUCCUAACCCAAUUGGAGCAACUUUUUGAAUAUAAUAUCAACCGAAUCGAAACUGAUAAUGUGUUAAAUAAUCGCAAUCUUAAUUUGCAAUUAUUCAACGGAUUACAGGUAAUUUUAAAGACUAAGGGAUAGUACGAUAAAUAUUAGUAUGACCACACGCGACACACAAAAACGUUCAUAAAUAGUUAGUUUUUUAUAGAGAUUAUAAUUGUUGUCACUAUAAUAAGUAGAUUUUAAUGCGAGAACGCAUUUGGCUGUGGAACUAAAGUACGUAGAUACAUUAAAGUUAUUAAUAGUGAUUACUUUAACGGAAAGGAAGGACAUCUGAUUUUUUUGUAUAUAGGAAUGCCACAGCAAUUAUUCAUAGAAUCUAAUACAUAUUUACGAAUUAGUCACAGUGAGCACAUUGUGACCAAGUUGAAAUAAAGAGUGAAAUCGUACAAUAAAUACUUGUUACACUAGAAAAUUGUUAACACCAUGUUACUCAUAUGUAAGUUACAUAUAACUACGCCUAUUUUUAAGUUUCCCUUUCUAUUUUUAAAAUAUGUUAUUCGACAACCUGUAAAGAGGUAACAUUAGCUAAGGAUUUAAGAAUUUCAAAUCAAUAUUUCUGUCGUUUAUAAUAAAAUCAGAGUUUCUCUCUCGACCAUUUCGUCCUUCAAGACUAAAUGAGUCGUUUAAAUUUUUCUGUUAACACACUGGUGCUGACACACACACCUUUGUGUUUUAACGACUAUCUAAGUGGUGCCUUGUUUACUCAAGUGUUGUUUACAAAAAAAUCGAGGCACUUGUAUUGUUGUUGUUUAUAUUUGAUACUAGGCUUCUAUUUGCGACCAACGUGAUUAAAUCAUUUAAAAUAAAAAUAUCAGACAAAUCAAAACAGAGAGAGGCGGAUAUUACGCCGUAGCUAGUGAAAUUAUUGGGCAAAUGAGACUUAACAUCUUAUGUCUCAAGGUGACGAGCGGAAUUAGUAAGUACUGCCUUUCAGAAUUUUUGGGUUUUUCAAGAAUCCUGUGCGGCACUGCAUUGUACUUAAUGGGCAAGGCUUAUCAAUUUCCAUCAGCUGAAUCUCCUGCUCGUUUAGUCCCUUAUUUACAUAAAAAAAUUAAUUCAGUAUGUAAAUCUUAUUAAAAAAAUAUAUUAAUUUAAACCAAAAAGCAAAACCGUCAAGAACAUUUAAAUAACAGCUAAUGUUUCCUCUUAAGUAUAUAUUAUACUUUAGAUAGAUAAUUCCUAUCCCAAAUUCCAAUAUUUACUUGCACCUUCUCUGUUGUCCUGUAGAACUGCACUCAUUCUUGUAUUGCACGUACGCUUUUAAUAUUAUUUUGCAGAUUGUACAUCGAAUAUAUACACUGCAUCGGUUACUACAUCUCUACACUGUCAAUACCAUCGUUGUUCGUUACUAUAAAUAAUUUCACUUGUUUCUGACAAAUUUAUACCAACGAAAAGCAGACAUUCAUACUGCAUGAUUGUGAAUCGGACGAUAUAGAUGUGUGUUGCAUGUGUGUACGUGUCAAUGUAUUAAAUGUCGUACUUCAUAGUCUUGACGAACGAUGUUUAGUGUUAAGAUGGUGGAACUUGACUCUGGUGCUACGGAAGGCCCCGCGUUGCCCCUGAAAAAGCGAGUGUUAUAUAGACUAUAGACAGAGCGACGCUUGUUAUACCACUGACAGGUUUGUCUGCAUGUUCAUUGCUAAUGUAUCACUGUACUGCUAUCUUGAUUUUGCUCUCGUAAACUGGCGUUAAAUACAUAAAAAAUAAGCGGGACUCGAACCCGUGACCUCACGGGUUCCUUUUGAGCGCUCUUACCUACUAAGCCAACCGUCCAAGUGACGCAUCGACGGAAAUUUUCAUAUGUCUUGUUCAACUCUCAGGUUGUGGAUCUACUUUACAGUUGAUAACCUGCUCAACCCCAAUAUUUGCACAAUAGGAAAUUGACUUGAGAUGAUGCUCUUUCAAAUCUAUACAAAUGCGUACUCAAAUAGUUGGCUCAGUCGGAACCCGAGAGGCCGCGGGUUUGAGUACCGCAUCGUUCAUCAAAUUUGGUUACAAAUUUAAUUUAUUGAAAUAAUGUAUUGUGUAACUUUAACAAGUCGUUGUGGUGGGUCAAAUGUUUCCGUAAAAAAGUCUGUGAGAUGAAAUCUUGAUAGCACUGAAUAUUGCUAAGAAAUGCUGACAUGCUAUUGCUCGCCUCAUCUCUUGUUCAAGCAAAUUAUGGCAAUAAGAAACAUAUCAUAGAUUAUAAAAUACUGCUAUUAACGUUAUUUAGUUAGUAAGACAAUAAAGGACCUAGGCUCGAUUUGAACUCAUUGCAUCUUAUGCUUACAUAGGUAACACCGGACAGAUGAUUAAGCUAAUCCCUAACUAGGAACAACUUUAAUAUUAAUGUUUAAAGUUAAUAACAACAAAACUUGCCUAAUUAGAAUGAUAAUAAAUUUUUGAUGAUCAAAUAAAUUUUUAAUAAUUUGAGCUUUCUUUCUUGCCGAGCAAUUUAAAUAUUAUAAUUUAUAAGUCAUUAAAGGAGAGCAUCUUGUAGGCUUACCCUUAUUGUUUGUCACAAUUUUUGGUACUUUUGUAAAACGCAGGUCCAUUAGUUAAAGUAUUAUUGAUCUUAUAAUCGUCUGGAUAGACUGUGCCCGU